CCCCGCCGUUGUAAAGCAAGCCACAACAAAACAGUUCAAUACUCAAUCAAAGAAUAUUAUCGAGUGAUUAUAUCUUCCUAACUCAUAUUUCAUUCUUGGUCCGCCAUCUGAUCGGGUUAAUCCCAUCAUUGGUGCUUCCAUUGAGAGAAAAUUGAGAGAUAAGGCUGUGAGAUUAUGGCCGGACGAAGGACGAGACGUAACCCUGCUACUUCUGCCCAGUCGACGGUGAGGAGUGACAACCCUGAACAGGGUAUGAUUGUCCCUGUCAAUGGGUUGGAAAUGGCGCUAAAUAAUGUGGCUAACAUGAUGGCCAACAUUAUGGAGCGAUUGGAUAAGGCUCUUCCAGGUCCAUCCGGAACCCGGGAUAUCCCCGCCGGGCAACCCCGCCAGGUCCUGCGUACCGCGAGUUCUCCUAUCCUACAGGAGCUCCAUGAUCCGGAGGAGGUUGAAAGGGAAAGGCGAGCCAUUGACAGACGCCGGGCGGAGGAAUUGGCCCGAAAUAACAAGGUGAACGAAGGCCAUGCUAAGGAUCUAAGCCGGAUCUUCGGUGAUGGACACGAAAACCCGCGGGGAUCUGUCUUUGAAAGGAUAUCUCGCCAGAAAGCUCACGUUAGUGAGAGGCUGGGGAAGAAUCCGGAAAAGGCACCCCAGGGUUGGAUACGACCCCAGGCCAGCCAGGUGGCAUCUUCCAAUCGCGAACCCCGGCAGCGGAACGACCGAGGCGCGAGCCAAGUGCCGGUCCGGUCGUUACGGAACCUGGAGGCGGACGAAGUUCAAAGCCAAGCCAGGGUCCCAGCACCACGGCGUUUGAGACUGCUGGCGCCGGAAGCUGGUGAAUUUCAAGACCUGAGACAGCAGAUCCAGGAGAUGCAGAGGAAGAUAAAUAAGGGUCGAAUAUUCACUACCCGAACGAAUACUCCCUUGGCUCCGGAGAUCUUUGCGGAACCAUAUCCGCAGGGAUUCAAAAUGCCAUUUGUCAAGCGUUAUGACGGCGAGUCAGACCCCCAAGAGCACAUAAAUAGCUAUGUCCAAGUGAUGAUCGCCGUGGACGCCAGUGACGCACUCAUGUGUCGGUGCUUCUUGCAGACCGUUGAUAGCAAGGUUGCAGACUGGGUCAACCAUAUCCCUGCCGGAUCAAUCCGAACAUGGGAUGAAUUGGGACUACGGUUCCUAGAGCAUUUUGCCGGGAACUGCCGUCCCAAGAAGCAUUUCACUCACUUGGCAUCAGUGCGACAGAAGCAUGGUGAAUCCUUGAAGAAUUUCCUUAUCCGAUGUAGGAAAGAGUCCAGGGAGGUUGAAGGAACUGAUGAUAAAUCCAGGUUGGCUAUGUUCACGGCGGCAUUACAGGAUGGACUCCUUCACACCGAUCUCACUACCCAUCCCCCGGAUACCUUCGAAGAAGCGAUGGUCCGGGCAGGGAGGUACGUGACCCUGGAAGAAAGAAAGGAGGAGAAGAAUGAAAAGACCCCUAAAGAAGAAGAGAAGACGGGGAAUAAGAAGCCAUUCAAGAAUAAGAAGCAAGGCUUCCCGGACGGCCCAAAGGGUGCAAGUCCUGGGACCUCGGAGAAGCACAAAUCUGCUAACCCGGUCUUCACAUUGCCAGUGACUGAGGUCAUGGCCCAUGCAGCACAGAAGAGACUUAUGACUUACCCGACCUAUUCUCAGAAGGUCUGCAAUGUGGAAGACACUGGAAAAUGGUGUGCCUACCACCGUAAGAAUGACCAUAACACGGAAGAUUGCUACACUCUGAAGAAUGAGAUGGCAAGGCUGAUCCGCCGGGGUCAUCUGAAGAAAUUUGUACAAGAUGGUGACACCGAGAAUCCCGGAAAUGCUCAGAAUGGGAAACGCAGAGACAAAGAAGUGGCCCAAGCUGAGGCCCGGGAGAAACGUCACAUCGGGCUUGAAGACGAGGAGGAGGAUUCGGAACCCGCACCGCAUCGCCAGAAGAGACACCUGUUAGAAUAAGUGCCCUUCACUAGAGGGGGGGUGAAUAGUGAGGCACGAGAAUGUUUAUAAAUUUUCACGGAAUAAAAAUCGCAGGGAUACAGUAAAGAGCGGAAUAAAAA